ACUAAAGUGCUCUCUAUCUCUAUAACUAGAUGUUAAAUUGACAAUUAAUGAAUACAUGAUUAUUUUCUUUGAUAGUUAGCAUAUAAGUUAAACUGUCUCUUCACUUUGCUCAUCCCAAAAUUUAGUGUUUCAAACUUUUAUCUCUUGUAUAAUGUCAACCACAGAUGCUGUUACAAUUGAGGUUGUUCUAAUCAUAGUAGUAGUUGCUGUUAAGGUAGCUAUUGUGGUUUGUGUGUGUAGAAAAAGAAAUCAAAUAAAUGUUGCAUCUGUUAGUCCAAAUUCACAGUUCAUAACACUCACUAUGGAUAAAUUUCUGAAUGACAUGGAAAGGGAAAAACCAAUAAGAUUCACUGGUCAACAGUUAAGGAUUGCAACAGACAAUUAUUCUAACUUGUUGGGGUCAGGUGGAUUUGGAACAGUUUACAAAGGAAUUUUUAGUAAUGGAACAAUUGUAGCUGUCAAGGUUUUACGCGGUAACUCCGACAAGAAAAUCGACGAACAAUUUAUGGCAGAGGUUGGAACAAUUGGUAGAAUUCAUCAUUUCAAUCUUGUUAGGCUAUAUGGAUUUUGUUUUGAAAGAAACUUGAUAGCACUUGUUUAUGAAUAUAUGGAAAAUGGAUCACUUGAUAGGUAUUUGUUUCAUGAAAAGAAGACUUUAGGAUAUGAAAAACUUCAUGAGAUUGCAAUAGGUACUGCAAGAGGCAUUGCUUACUUGCAUGAAGAAUGCCAACAAAGAAUAAUCCACUAUGAUAUAAAACCAGGAAAUAUUCUUCUAGACAAGAAUUUCUAUCCUAAAGUUGCUGAUUUUGGUUUGGCCAAACUUUGUAAUAAGGAUAAUACUCAUAUAACUAUGACAGGAGGAAGGGGGACUCCAGGUUAUGCUGCACCUGAGCUUUGGAUGCCAUUUCCUAUAACUCACAAAUGUGAUGUUUAUAGUUUUGGUAUGUUGUUAUUUGAAAUUAUUGGUAGGAGAAGAAACCUUGAAAUUGAAAAUAGUGAAAGUCAAGAGUGGUUUCCAAUUUGGGUAUGGAAAAAAUUUGAUGGUGGACUAUUGGAGGAAGCAAUGAUAGUUUGUGGAAUAGAGGAGAAAAAUAGGGAAAUUGCUGAGAGAAUGGUUAAGGUAGCUUUAUGGUGUGUUCAAUAUAGGCAAGAGUUAAGGCCUAUAAUGAGUGUUGUGGUGAAAAUGUUGGAAGGUUCAUUAGAAAUUCCAAAGAUUUUUAACCCUUUUCAACAUUUGAUUGAUGGGAAUUUUGCUACUCAUGGAGUUCAAGUGUCACAUACUUAUACAACUAGUGUUUCUUCUUAUGGAUCUUCUGUUAUGAUGAGUGAUUCAAGCAUUGUGUGUGCUACUCCUAUUAUGAAGAAGUAUGAGAUUGAAUUGGCAACUAGCAUAGGGUGAUGGAUUGCAUAUAUGCUUAUACUUGAUGGGAAGGAUUCCAUGUGGUUAUUUUGUUGUACAAAAUAGUUUAAGUCAAUGGGAUCCAUUUUAUUUUGGUGUCUUAUUACUUUUUGAGAUAAUGUUCUUUACUUUUUGCAUUAAAAUUACAUGGAAUUAUUAAUUUUGUUAUAUUA